AUGUCAUUGGGCGAGUUCUUAACAGAUCAAGAGUUUGGCGAUUGGGCCGAUGAUGACAUUGAUAUCAAUUCGAUCUCUGUACCUAUAGGCAAGCCUGUUACACAUCACGACGCGUAUCGUGGAUACGGUGGAAAUCAUUACAGAUCAAAUCAACGAGAUUUCCCUGUGCUUCAAGGACCCCCUUUCAUAGCCAAGUUUUCUAACAUACCUGAAACAGCUACCAGAGUAUUAAUCAAGGAUCUGUUUGAGAGCCGAUUUUGCAAUUAUGACAGGAUAAAGCUUUUGAUUGACCCUCAUCCUCCUACCAUAUCAAGACUGGGGACUGAUAGUCACCAGCGAAGGAAAUGUGCAUUUGUUCAAGUAGCAUCGGCUGCUAUUCUGCAGAAGGUGCUGAAGUGGCAAGAUUUGAACCUGGGGAGAAUUCGCAUAUCUGUGGCCUGUGCAGAUCGUGAUGAUUUUCAGAGUAUCCUAGAUUACAACAAAACUAUUGGGUACGACGAUGAGGCUGAAGAGAUCCAAUUCAAAUUAGGUAAACAACCACGACGUGCUUCGGUGGCUGAGACAAGUGCUGGAGUUAAACCAGAAGUACAGUCUCUUAAAGCUGCGAAGACUACGGAGAAAGUUGCAGAACCGCAGUUAGAAGGCUCUGCUACAACCAAGAAACCAGUGACGAUUCUAAAGAGAGAAGAACCUCCUACUGAAGACGUGAAGCCAGCUCAUGUGGAAAAGGUUAAUCCUUUUGGUGCUGCCAAGCCUGUGAAAACCGUUCCUGAAGAUGUUCUCAAAACUAAAAAAAUAAAUCCUGAACCUGUGCCCACACCUAAGAUAAAUCCAUUUGGUGCUGCUAAGCCUGUCAAUAUACUGGCUAAAGAGAAGGAGAUUGAAGAAAGGUUGAAGGAAUUAGAGAGAGAAAGAGAAAGGGCUAGAGAAGAGGCAAAAAGAGAGAAAGAAAGAAAAGAGCAUGAAAGAAAGGAAAAGGAAAGAGAGCGAAAGGAGAAGCUGAAAGAGAAACAAAGAGAGAAACUAAAGGAGAGACAGAAGGAGAAGGCACUGGAAUUAGAAAGGAAGAAAGAGAAAGAGGCAGAGAAGGAAAAAGAGAAAGAAAAAGAGAAAGAGGCAGAGAAAGAGAAAGAGAAAGAGAACGAAGACCAAUCACCAAAGACGGAGACUGGAAGGGAGCAACUUGAAGAAGGCGAUUCUGAGAAAAAGACUGAAUUGAGAAAGGAAGCUGAAAAGAAGCAACCGUUCAAAUUCAAGAAGAAAGAAAGACCAGAUAGACAAGCUAGGUCUGGUAAGGAUUUGGAAACUCAAAGGUUUGAAAACAAGUCUUCUGAAAAAACACGAAAGAGUUUUUCUCAGCGGGAGUCUAAGAAAGACACAUCUAUACAUGAUCAAAAAGAUAAGAACCUGGUUUCAUCACCUCCUAAUACGGACGAUAGAGUUCAGCACAGGACUGUCAAACAGUUUCACAACAAAACUUACAGACGACCUGAUCUUGUUGAAUCCCCCUCAAAUCUCAAUGCUUCUGCAGUCACAACUGUGACCAAUGAUAAGGAGUCAGCACUUCCAAAGGACAAAAAUGGCAAUGAUCUUCAAUAUUUGCCGGGCCAUAAAACCAAUGGUCAUUCUGGACAAUUAAAUCAUUUGGAAAGAAAAGAACGUGAUUCUCUUAAAGACCAAGAUCGAGCUCCUAGGAGUAGACCUAGAUCCAGGGAUAACGCCAAAGUUGAGCGGAGUAGAUCUACCUCUUUCAGGACAACCCAACCAGCUCAGCCAAAAGAUACAGAAAAUGUUGAAUCAGAAGCUUCCAAGUUAAGUCCAGCCUCUACAGGCAAAACCCACAGGAAUGGAACAAGAGAGUACAAACCGAAACGGAAAAGUCAAGUAUUUCACAAUAAACGAUACGUCCGCAAGGAAGGUACCCCUUCAACAAGUAUUGAGGAAACUAAGAAAGAUUCUAGUAGUCAGAGUACCAACGCUGACCCUGGUAAUUAG